AAAGCACAAUAACACAACAUUUACCCUGUUUUACCACAGUAACGUAGUUUUAAUGUGGUAUUUGUAGUUAAUCACAUAACUUGCCAUGCCUUUAAUACUUUUAUGUAAAAAAAAAAUGUAAUUCAAUAUUUUUUUGUCUUGCAGUUUCUUCAGAUCACAUACAUCUCCAUCUCCUACAACAACCUUUAGUGUCCAACAGCUCUCUCUCUCUCUCUCUCUCUCUCAGCUUUUCCUUGCCUAUUUUUCUGAACUGUUAUUCAUAAUUAAUUUACACAUUUUUUCUCUCUUUCUUCCUUUCUCUUUUUCAUCAUGGCAUAUUUUCAAAGCUCAGAAUUGAAUUUUGAUCGGUUAUGUCAAAAAGCUGCUAAUAUUAACAGCUAAAAAGGAAGACCAAAGGAAGGCCUGUCGAACUCUUGUCUUGUUUGUGGAGAGGGAUGAAUUUGGCCAUCUUGUGUGUUUACGGAGAAGACCAAAAGCUGCAAAGGCAAACAUUUCCAAUGGUACGUCUGUGCUGGUCUUAACCCUUUGACUGAACUUUACGGCAGUUACAUUUUGCACAGCAUUUGAUGUUUCUUAAACUUUGGUUUACAUAUCCCACGGCCCCAUCAGGAAGAGCCCUCAACAAAGUCUUACGCCGAAGUAGUAAUAAUCCAUAGAAUUUCAGCAAAUUCAUAUGAUCUACUGUCCUACAAAGUUCUAGGACUUUUACUCCUGCUGUCAUUGGCCUUUGCCUCAACUCUCAUGCAGAUUGUGCCCAUUGUAAGUAGUCAGAGUGUUUGUAUCAUAAAGUUUAUAUUAAGUCAAUUGUAUUCUUUAUUAAUCUUUACAAAUUGGCACAGUCUCUUCCCGUUCCAACAGUACAUGAUAUCUGUCCACAUCUCACAGUCUGCCUUUUUAUUGAACACAUCUGUCUAAGCAAGAGUCUGGAAAUGCUAGUUUAACUUGUCACGUGACAAAUCAGAUCUUCAAUUAAUUUGGCCAAAUCAGAUCACUUAAAGCUGUUCACACCAAGAACAAUAACUAUAAUGAGAACCAUUUAGCAUCCACACCAACAGACAAUGACAUUCUAUUUAUUAUAAGCACGCUCUAUAGUUGUGUUGUUGUCUGCCAUUUGUUGUUGUCAAUAUUUUAAUUGUUCAUCAUGUGAUAAAUUCUCUUUCUUUCUGUGUUGCAGGAUUUCUCACAUACUACACCAUCAGCUCUCCACAAUAUCAGCCCUUUCAAAAGCUUCCACAUCUGUCUCUCUCUCUGCUCUCACAUCUGCUCUCAGUCCUUUACUACCAACUUCCAGUCUUAGCAUGUCUACGUGUAUAAAUUCUUCAGUCAACACUCCCAUCUCCACUUCUGUCGCUAUCACUAUGACUUUUAUAAUUAUAAAAUUAUAAUUAUCAACCAUUUUAAUUCGUCUUGCAUAUAGUCACAGUAGAAGAAACAAUGAUUACAGGAGAUACAUUUUUAGCCUAUUUGUUCAUUAAAGGGAAAAAAAGAACGUCUUUUCAAUUGGAGGCUCAACUUCCAGUUUGUAAAAUAUUAUUUGGCAUCUUAUAACGUUUUUCUGUAAACAAACUCUCUUUUUCUUUUUGAAUAUUAGACAGUUUUUUUUUUUUUAAGGGGUCUCCAAUUGCAUACUUUUUAGUUACAUGUUUGUGUCAUGUACCCAUUAAUUACUUUAUCAAUCAGUCAUUGAUUUAAGUUGUUAUAUUUCACUAUAAUUGAUUACGUUUUUGCAGAUACAUUUUCAUAAUCAACUACUUUUUUUUUUUCUGGGUUUUUUUUUUUUCAUAGUGACACAAACUAGAGAGAGAAUGUUGUUCUGGGCACUAUGUUUGUCUUGGAAACGUUUGACAUAUCAAUAAACACUGAGAAAUGACUACAAAGUGUGUGAUUCAUAUUUUUAUUAUUAUUAUUCCUAUUGUUCAACUGGCACAUCUAAGAUUGGCAAGAUUGCAGGGUCCAUUUCCAGGGAAUACAGAAGUGAUUCAUUGUAUAACUUUAAUACACUAUAAAUACACUGUAAAUGUUACAGAAGCAAAAUCGAUGUUGUUUGAAUAAUUAUGAGAGUUGUAGUUUUUUUGUAAGCAAAUGAAAGUAUAUGCAAACCUUUGAGUUUAAAUAUUGUAUAUUAAUUAAUGUUAGUGUAAACAAUGUAUACAAUGGAAACCAUUACACCCUUGUUUAAAAAAUAAUAAUAAUUACUAAAAAAUCACUGUAAUCAACAAGUCUAUUGCUGAAUUAGGUUAACCACACGAUGCAAUCUGUUGUUGCAGUUUUAUAUUGAGUAGAGACAAAUAAAUCUUUAUCUUGUUAUCGGUCCAUUUACAAAAUUUCUUGCCAGUAAGAGCAAGAAACAUGACAGAACAAGUAAACCUAAAAAUACAUUUAAAAAAAAAUUAAUGCAACAAUAAUCUAUAUAUGUUUAAUGUGCUAGAAGUUGUGAAAAAUCUAUAAACUUUUUAUGUCCCAAUUGUGUGUGUGUAUUGAUGGCUUGGACUGGAAAUGUUAAAAUAAUGGAAAACAGCAAUGAAGAACACUGAAGUUGAACAGGAACUGAACGGCGUCUCCUGCUGGUGCUAAACGGAAUGGAAUCAAACCCAGGACCCAUCUACUUUCACUCUUAAAACACUCAUCUGAUUCAGCUUUACAGUUAUUUAUCGAUUUAUUGAUUUAAAAUACUUAGCUGUACAGCAGCGACAGUAGGUUCUAAUCGAAUCACAUUCGAUUUAAAUCGCGUUCUGUUCGCACCCGCGUGUAAAUGUGCCGCGGUCCCUUUAAGCGUGACUCCAUUUUUCGGCGAAUUUUUAUCAAAGUUCCUGAAAAACUUGGAACGGUUCGAAUCUACUCCGAGUUUAUUACCAAAUUAAAGACUCCGACGUCUGGAUUAACGGAGGAACUUCAGCAGUUAUUCGGCUGAAAUUAAUCCCCGAAACUACCAUUAGGCUAUUACUGUUAUUAAUUAUCAUCAUCUUUUCAUCAGCAGCAGAGUUUGGAUCAAACCGGAUCAGCAUCUACAGACAUGUCGAAUCUGUGUGGUUCUGCUGACACCAGGCCUCUGCUGUCUCAGCGCUCUCUGCCCGGCACACCGGUCACCCACAAACACCUGCCCAUCGACCUGCGCACAUCCAUGGACGGCAAAUACAAGGAGAUUGCUGAGGAGCUGCUGGCGAGGAGUCUGACGGACAGCGACAUGCGUUGCGCUCCAUACGAGUUUCCUGAAGAGAGUCCCAUAGAACAACUGGAGGAAAAACGCCACCGCCUGGAGCGACAGAUCAGCCAGGAUGUCAAGCUUGAGCCCGAGAUUCUGCUGCGAGCGAAACAAGACUUCAUGAAAGUAGACAGCACUGCAGACCUGGAGUGUCUGAAGGACAGUUAUGUGGACGUGGUGGACCACCAUCAUAUGGAGCGAGAGACGCUGGUGGAGAGAGACUUCCAGCGCGUGUCCAUCUCAGGAGAGGAGAAGUGUGGGGUGCCGUUCACGGAUCUGGUGGACGCAGCGAAGUGUGUUGUGAAGGCCUUGUUCAUCAGAGAGAAGUACAUGGCUCUGUCUCUGCAGACCUUCUGUAAGACCACGGCACGAUCUCUGCAGGAGCUCAACCAGAAACCACUGGACAUCAACGUGUACGAGGACCUUCACGAGAGUCCCGUCGACUCAGACGCGUCUGUUCACCCGCCGGUGUCAGAAACGCAUCCGUACGAUGGGCAGGACAUGAAGAACCUGCCGCCGGACACCGGAUACAGCUGCAAGAUGGUGGAUGGAGUCAUUCACGUCUACACCGCACAAAACCCCAUGGACAAGAGCACCGAACUAGAUCUGCCGUAUCCAGACCUGCAGGAGUACAUCGCCGACAUGAACGUGAUGAUGGCGCUCAUCAUUAACGGCCCCGUGAAGUCGUUCUGUUACCGACGGCUGCAGUAUCUGAGCUCCAAGUUUCAGAUGCACGUCUUGCUUAACGAGAUGAAAGAGCUCGCCGCGCAGAAGAAGGUGCCACACAGAGACUUCUACAACAUACGCAAGGUGGACACGCACAUCCACGCGUCGUCCUGCAUGAACCAGAAGCACCUGCUGCGCUUCAUCAAAAGCGCAAUGAAGAAAUACCCAAACGAGAUGGUGCGCAUGGAGGGCGGCCACGGCCAGACGCUGAUGGAGGUGUUCGAGAACAUGAACCUGACGGCGUAUGACCUGAGCGUGGACACGCUGGACAUGCACGCGGACAGGAACACCUUCCACCGCUUCGACAAAUUCAACUCCAAAUACAACCCCAUCGGAGAGUCCAUCCUCAGAGAGAUCUUCAUCAAGACCGACAACCACAUCCAUGGGAAAUACUUCGGACACAUCGUCAAGGAAGUGAUGUCAGACCUGGAGGAGAGUAAGUAUCAGAACGCUGAGCUGCGUCUGUCUGUUUAUGGCCGGUCCAUGGACGAGUGGGACAAACUGGCGCAGUGGGCCGUUUCUCACUCCGUUUACUCCGAUAACGUCCGCUGGCUCAUCCAGAUCCCACGACUCUUUGACGUUUACCGCACUAAGAAGCAGCUGAGUAACUUCCAGCAGAUGUUGGAGAACAUUUUUCUGCCGCUGUUUGAGGUGACCAUAAAUCCCAACAGCCACCCGCAACUACACCUCUUCCUGGAACACGUGGUUGGAUUUGACAGCGUUGACGACGAGUCCAAACCGGAGCAUCACAUCUUCAACCUGGACAGUCCGUCUCCAGCGCGCUGGUGUGACGAUGACAACCCACCGUACUCCUACUAUCUGUACUACAUGUACGCCAACAUGACCGUCCUCAACCACCUGCGCAGGAGGCGGGGCUUCCACACCUUCGUGCUGCGACCUCACUGCGGGGAGGCGGGGCCUAUCCAUCACCUGGUGUCUGGAUUCAUGCUGUCAGAAAACAUCUCCCACGGACUGCUGCUCAGGAAGGCUCCGGUCCUGCAGUAUCUGUACUAUCUGGCUCAGGUGGGCAUCGCUAUGUCUCCGCUCAGCAACAACAGUCUGUUUCUGAGUUACCAUCGCAACCCUCUGCCUGAGUAUCUGUCCCGUGGCCUGAUGGUGUCGCUGUCCACCGACGACCCGCUGCAGUUCCACUUCACUAAGGAGCCUCUGAUGGAGGAGUACAGCAUAGCUGCUCAGGUGUGGAAACUCAGCUCCUGUGACAUGUGUGAACUCGCCAGAAACAGCGUACUAAUGAGCGGCUUCUCACACAGGGCUAAGAGCCAUUGGCUGGGUCCCGAUUACACGAAAGAGGGUCCCAUUAGUAACGACAUCCGGCGCACAAACGUCCCUGACAUCCGCGUGGGGUAUCGAUAUGAGACUAUGUGCGAAGAGCUGCACCUAAUCACACAAGCCGUCCGAUCGCAGGAGCUGGACAGAAUCGAGGAGGAGGAUGGGCUGUCAUUCACAUCCAGCCAAUCAACACGCUAGAGACAAGCCCUGACCCCACCCACUCUGACCUGUCCAAUCAGGAAGCUAUAGACGAGCCCUGACCCCACCUGUUCAAUCAACGCAUUAGAGACAAGCCCUGACCCCACCCAUCCUGACCUGUCCAAUCAUCACGCUAGAGACGAGCCAUGAACCUGACCACACUGACCUAUCCAAUCAGGACACUAGAGACAAAACAUGACCCCGCCCACACUCCGCUUCUCCAAUCAGGAAGCUAUAGAUGAGCCCUGACCUUGCCUGUCCAAUCAGCACGCUCAAGACAAGCCCUGACCUCGCCCACACUGACCUGUCCAAUCAGGACACCAGAAAUUAACCCUGACCCCGCCCACACUGACCUGUCCAAUCAGGAAGCUAUAGAUGAACACGGACCCCGCAAACACCCCACCUGUCCAAUCAGGACACCAGAAAUGAACCCUGACCCCGCCCAUACCCUGCCUGUCCAAUCAGCACGCUAGAGACGGACCAAAGCCACAUUCCCUCCAUUCCUCUCAUUUUACUGCAUGUUUAGAGACGUUUCAGCUAUGCAUCGCUAUUAUAAGGACGUUAUACCUCCGUCAUGACGUCACGCUCCCGCACGUGCCUUUUACUUUAGAGACUUUUAUUUUGAAGGUUUCAUUUCAGGCGUCUGUGAUUACAACUCCAAUCUUGACUAUAAUAAUACACAAUAUUUAUUAACUUAAAUCUAAUUAAACCUAAAACAAAACAUAAGUUUUUUGUUUUAAUUAAAUACAAUACAUUACUAUAUUAAUGUUAAAAACUUAAUAUAAUUAUGUUAACGUCAUUAUACAUUAAUAAGUAUAAUAAUAACAAUAACAACAACAACACUGAAAAAACAAUAAUUAUACAUAUUAAUACAAUAUAUUUGUAUUAACACAUUUAUAUUUUGCUUAACAUGAAUGUGUUAAAAACAAAAUAAUUAUAUUAAUACUACACCCGUAUUAUAAUUUUUAUAAUACACACUUAUAUUUAAUAUUAAAACCCAUAUGCCUUUUAAUUUAGCUGCUUUUAUGUUGAAGGUUUAAUUUGUGAUAACUCACUGUGUCUUUCAGUCUUUCGUUCUAUUAUCAUGUAAUUUUCUCGUCAUUUUGAAGCAUUUAUAUUCUCUGAUGGCCAAACUGUUCAGAACUGAAUGUCCUCCAGUCCUGCAGGAGGCGCCGUUAAACCAAAACCUCAUUUUUUUCUAAUCUUAAACCUCCUGAACUCACCGAACCUCCCGUUUCUGUGAUGUUUACAAGGUAGUUUACAAAAACAACAUAUAUUUUACACUCGACAUUUACGUUAGAUUUUAGUUUGUCGCGUUUUCCGAUCCAGCAUGUGUUCGGUAGUUUGAGUUGAACGUUAAACUGACUGUUAAUCGCCACACAGUAUUAUGAAACUGAACUAAUAAAUCAAACCAAACAUGACUCAAAAAAGCAUGAUUUAUAGAAAUUAGCACAUUAAACCAGAGCAAGGCAUGACGCACAACACGCUAGAAAGCAAAUGAUCAUGAAUAGCAGUUCAAAAUAUAUCUAUUUUUUGUGAGAAUGAGUGUUUUGUUGAUUUUAAUAAAGCAUGUGUGUUUAAUCUCA